AUGGUCAAGCCAAUUGUUGCCCCAAGCAUUCUUGCUUCUGACUUUGCGAAUCUGGAAUGCGGCUGCCACAAAGUGAUCAAUGCCGGUGCAGACUGGUUACACAUUGACGUUAUGGACGGACAUUUUGUCCCUAACAUCACGCUGGGCCAACCCAUCGUCGCAAGUUUGCGUAAGGCGGUCCCCAGAGUCGGCGAUACCACUUCCCCCAAGCCCAAGGCUUUUUUUGACUGCCACAUGAUGGUCGAGUCGCCAGAGAGAUGGGUCGCGGAUUUUGCCAAAUGUGGUGCUGAUCAGUUCACGUUCCACUACGAAGCUACCGAAGACCCUCUGGCCCUGGUCAAGCUUAUCAGAUCCCACAAUAUGAAAGCAGCGUGUGCCAUCAAGCCCGGUACUCCUGUAGAUGUAUUAUAUGAGCUGGGCCCUCAUUUGGAUAUGGCGCUUGUUAUGACCGUGGAACCAGGAUUUGGCGGCCAAAAGUUCAUGAUCGACAUGAUGCCCAAAGUUGAAGCGCUCAGAAACAAGUUUCCACAUAUGAACAUCCAGGUGGACGGCGGACUCGGCAAGGAAACAAUUCCACACGCCGCCAAGGCCGGAGCCAACGUGAUCGUGGCCGGCACUAGCGUCUUCACAGCGGCAGACACCGCAGAUGUGAUUUCGUAUUUGAAACAAGAGGUUUCCACCAAUCUAGAGGCCAGGGGCUUGCUUGGUUGA